AUGACGAACACUUCCAUCAAUUACUCCUUCAUACUGAAGUACACUGGCUGUCGAAAGGCUUAUACUAUUUUAGAAUUUCUGGAUGCUAAAGAUACAAUUUUAAAAGAAAAUUUAAUGAAGAGGAAAACAGACAUCGCCUAUUUAACAGAUUUGUUUACAAAAUUUAAUAUGGUUAAUUUGCAAUUACAAGGCGACAGUUUAAAUUUGAUUAAAACAAAGUCCAUCUUAUCAGCGUUUCUUUCCAGAGUUAAACUAAUGAAGCAAAAUAUUGGACGGGGCGAAUUUUCUCAGUUCCCCAAUUUGUCACAGACAAGCUGCCAGGAAGACGACCUUUCAACUUACGUUCAACAUUUAAAUGCCCUCUAUUCAGAUUUGAAUCUAGGUUUGAGGAUAUUUUGA